AUGUCGUUCCCACCACAGUUUCAAUCCCCUGGUGGGUUCAAAGUCGACGCAGUUACAAGACCUGGCGAGCCACUCCAUGCCAAUAUCUUUCGCCCACCAUCGCCAACCUCUUCGAGCUAUAAUCUAGCUAAAUCAACCGGCAGCCUCCUCUCCGACAUUUCGAUGCCGAAUGCGCCCGCGACGGGAACAAUGAAGCGAAAGCGUGCGACCAUGCGAGACCCAACCCCAUUAAACUGGGGCAUGAACAUGGACGGUACCUACGAUAGCCGGGAAGAACAUAGGAAUCAGGCGUUCAGGUAUACGCUCGCGGGGCAGAUCAGCACUUCACCAGCUGAACUUCCAGCGGGGGCUGAAAACGGUCUGCUCGAGGACAGUGUGUACUCGGAUGUUGACUACCGAAGGGCGCUGGGACCAAAGGCGAUGCUCGAAGCAGAAUCGCCAUCUGACCAGACCCUGCCCGCCUUAGACACGGUGGCGCCGGUAGCGAGUUGGAGUUUGUUGAGCUUGCAAACGAUAGGAGAGAUGGUUGGCAAGGUCUGGGAGUUCUGCAAGAAAGGCGCAUUCAGGGGCUUCCAGGCAGGGGGCGGCCAGGCCUACAACAUGGACGGAGCAACAGUGACCGAAACCACGGGCGAAAAGCCGUGGGCGACAGAACAGGAUGCGCCUAUACAAUCCGCUGAAGAAACCGGCAUGAUUACGAACCCGACAACGUAUGCGCCAGAUCCCGCCCCUGUCCUUUAUUCUCCCGAAUAUCAUGACCCCGGACCAAGCGAAUGGUCACCCCAGCCGGCAGCUAAGCGACGGCAAGUCAGCGCGAACAACGACGAACUUAGGAACUGGGUUGUUGUUGAUGAAGCCAAAGCUGCAGGGACGAGGCCCUAUGGCCCAGCCCAGUCUCGACCUGGAUACCACAGCCAGGCGUCAGUGAGCGGCCAUCGCCGGAUUUCGGUACCCUCCCAGCGAUUCACAGGUGGAACUCCAACCUUCCCUCGAACCCGCGCACGCCCAUCGCUCCACGUCUCGCAGACUAGCUCGCCUAGCCUUGCCCAACGCGAACCUGCCAGCUUCGCUUCUCCGCGCUCCUCCCCCGUUGCCGGCUCUACACCCAGCCGAAUCCCCGUCCCUAUCCAUCACCGCCGGACUCAUUCCUCCGCCUCUAACUCCGCGGCAUCGUCAUUCAAUAUGGGGCCAGCUGCCGGGGGCGCCAGCAGCGCGACGACGAUGUCAGUCUCGAAUCGACGGCAGAGCGCCAAAGGUCCCUCAGACCUGCACCAAAAAUCCACAAGUCCGCGACUAGACGCUGAAGCGCGACAGUUGGCGCAGCGCAAAAUGGCCGUGGAACGGGAUACAGAUGCCAAGGUGGAUGCAUUCAAUGCGCAGUUGUUGAGUAUGAUUCGGCAGGGGCGGGAGGCGUUGGGGACGAAGGUGGAGGUAGAGAUGGAUGUGGAUGAAGGGGGUCUAGGUGGAGAGGGCGAGUUCGGCGGAUAUGUGUAUGGGGAAGGCGAUCGUGGGGGAUAUCUUGGCGUUGGAGGAGGACCGAGGGUUGGGGGUGGUAGGACGGUCAGUGGUGGUUGGGAAGAUGAUGAGUGA